AUGAACGGAGUAGGCGGCGGCGGCGGUCGGCACAAGUUCUUCAAAAUCCUGCUGCCCGGCUUGUUCGAGCUAAGCUUGUCCAUCCCGCCCAAGUUCACGGCGGGGCGCGCCACCGCCGGCAAGGGCAAGCUGCGGGAUCCCACGGGGAGGUCGUGGGACGUGGACCUCCACCGCGACGGCGAGCAUCGGGUGUCCUUCACGGGCCGCGGGUGGCUGGGCUUCGUCUCGGCCAACGGCAUCUCCGCCGGGCAGCUGCUGGUCUUCGAGCACCGCGGCGGCUUGGACUUCGCCGUCGACCUAUUCGACGCCUCCGGCUGCCUCAGCGACGGCGCUUGCCGUAACGACGACGAUGGAUCCCGUGAAGAUGAUGAUGAAGAAGCCGAACAAAUAAUACAGCAGCGCACGACAGAGACCACGGGCGACAAGGAGUCCGGCGACUGCCGACGGCGGCCAGAGGCCACCACCGGGGUCAAGAGGAGGAAGCGGUCGCCCUCGCCAAGCAGCACGGCCAAUACCGGCGACGACGAUGACACGCUCUGCCGGCGCAUCGAGAGGCCUUACCAGCUGCGCUUCUUGGACCUGAGCAAGAGCUUCUGCGAGCGCGUUGGCUGGACGUCGUCGUGCGACGUGGAGCUGCUGGUAGCCGGCGGUGGUGAGCAGCGGCGGUGGCCGGUGAGCGUGAAGGUGUCGGCCAAGCAGAGCGGCAUGAUGUGCGGCGGCUGGACGGAGUUUGCGCAGGGCAACGGGGUCGGCCUCUCCGACGCCUGCGCCUUCCUGCCACUCCAAGGCUCCCAUGGUCGAGUCCUUGGUGUCCGCGUCAUCAGGGGCAGCGGCACAAGCACCACCCGCGGCUCCUCCUGA